UGUGUGUAUGCAAGCAAAACAUAACCCACAACAACAACAACCAAAAAAUGAUGUCCGAGGAGUUCCCUGAUGUAUUCCCUUGGAUACAAAACAUUCCCCAAAUCACCAAAUGGAACACAACUUCUCUUUCCUUUUGUAUUUGUCACUCAGCUUCUGAUUUCCCAAAUUCAACCUUAAAUCUCAUAGCACAAAGAAACCCUAACCCUAAAAUCCCCACUUUCUCCAUCAUUGUCCAAUCCAAUAACCAUCCUCCUUUGUACCUAUGGACCUCUAAACAAGAACUUAGCAUCAACCCAAACUCACCAAACCCUUUUGAUGAACAAACAAUCACCUCUCUACUCUUCGGUUUUGUCGAAUCUAUCUUAACCUAUACCUCUAAUUGUUCCAAUUAUUCAACCAUCAAAGUCCCUAAGCCUGAUCCUUCGAUGAUCAAUGGUCUUAAAGACAUCUUCAAUACAGUGAUCCUCACUCUCUCGUUCCUCGUUUGCGUCUAUGAAGCUCCUUUAUAUCUCCGUGAAAACUGCCUGAUCACCCUGAGGAACCAUUUGGUUACUUGUCAUGCAAGGCAAGCAACAACAUCUCUUAUGAAGCUUCUUGGGUCUAAUUUAGAAGAACAAUGGAUGAGAUCAGUCAAUCUAGCGAUUACAAAUUGGAUCAUCGAGCGUAAGGAUAAUCGGAGUAACACGACCACGACAACUCCUCUGUUCUCUUACGCUUUUUCGACUUAUGGAUUGUGGAAAGUGCAAUUGUAUUGUCCUAUUGAAGCCAUGGAAGUGGAGAGAUCGAGCAACCCUAGAGCUGAUUCGAGAUUGUUGUUCUCUCUCAAGUUUAAUCAGCUCGAAGGUGUGAUGCAGUUCAAUCAUAAAGUUGUAGUUAGAGACAAGUGGAUCGACGUGAUCGUGAAGAUAGACAACAUCAGAUACGAUGUAAUAAAGCUUGUAAACGAGAGACUGAUGUCGAGAAAAGGAGCAGGGGAACACGAGAAGCACUUCCCAUCAAGGAUCUCUUUGCAAAUAACUCCCACUCUCCAAACCGACUUCAUAAGCGUGUCUGUCAGCAAAUCAUCCAACAACCCGGGACGAGAAUUCGAGGUCGAGAGGUCUAUAGAAGGCUCGUUCGACCCACCAAACUCUUUAGGCCUAAGAGUAGCUGGACGAGAAGCCUCGACCAUGACAAUGACCCCAUGGAAGUUCGAGCAGUCCGUGCUCGGCUACACGGCCAAUCUAAACUGGAUCUUGUACGACAGCAGCGUUGGAGGAAGAGAGGUUUUCACGACGAAGCCGUCGAGGUUUUCGAUAAUGAGCCCAAGGUCUUGGUUCAAGGAUAGGUACGCGAGGGCUUAUAGGUCAUUUACGAGGAGAGGAGGAGUGAUAUUCGCAGGGGAUGAGUAUGGAGAGAGCGUGGUGUGGAAGAUUGGUAAAGGAGCAAUGGGGAGAAGAAUGGAAUGGGAGAUUAAAGGGUCUAUUUGGUUAACUUAUUGGCCAAAUAAGUAUAAGACUUUUUACCAUGAGACUCGAAGAUUGGACUUUACGCAGCUUCUUUAUCUCACCAUCGACUAACCAGUAACCACAGCGAUGAUGUUAUACGUAGCCUUUGUGAUCUCUUAUUUGUAUUAAAUUAAGAUUUUUUUUGUUAAAACCUUCGAUGAAAGAGAGAUGUUAAUGAAAGUGGAUUUACGACC